GCUGAAUGAACAUGGAUCAGAACAUGACGGUCCAGGUAAACACACACACACACGGUCUCGAGUGCGUGUGUGGCUAAAGGCUGGUGUGCGUGUGUGUGUGUGUGUUUUCUUCCAGCGCUCUAUGCUGAGGGUCCCACCGCGCGCGCACACUCACACUUACUCAGUCUCUACACUGUUCAAGAGUUGAGGGAGCGCGAGCGGCUGACCAGAGCGCUGCUGUUACACUGCGAGCAGAGAGAGCGCGUGACCGGCGCCGUCACUCCCGGUCUACAGAAGAACUUUCCGCGCGCUCUGUUUGUUAGUGCGUACUCGUGUGUGUGUGUGUGUGUGUGUGUGUGUGCAUGUGUGUGUGCGUGAGUGCGCGCGCUCUCUCCUUCUUCCUCGCGUUGCUACUGCUGAACCCGAAACUUCAGCGCGUGUCCUGUUUUGAUCUCGCGCCGCCAUGAAGUGCUCGCUUUCCCGCUACCGGCCCGCGCGCUGAAGUGGCCGCGAACGAACAGCUGGAACGGCUGGACCAUGGUCGAGAGCGCGCGCUCUCCUUUCGCCCGGUAAAAGAACUUUUUCACGUGCGCGCGGAUGAAAGCGGCAUGGCUGUAACGGGACAGAGGGCAGAGUGACCGACUGUUCGCGCGCUCACCUCGCUCACCCCUCACCAGUCCUCCGCUCCGCCGGCGCGCGCCGACCCUCUCCGCCGCGGCCAUGCUGGGAAGCCCCUCCAAUAACGGCGGCGUGAGGAUGCUCGCGCCCCCGGGCCCCAGCGACGACCGGCGCGUGGAGUUCGUGGCCCUGGCGGCCGUGCACGCGGACCGGAGCGAGCCGUCGAGCCCGGAGCGCGCGCAGCCGCCCUCGCAGCGCACGGGGCUCCUGGGGACGCCGCUGCCCGUGCCGCCCGGAGCGCGCGCCUCCGCCUCGGCGUCCAGCAAGCGCUACAGGAAGCUGCAGAACUGCCUGUAUAACGUGCUGGAGAGACCGCGGGGAUGGGCCUUCAUCUACCACGCCUUCAUUUUUCUGCUGGUGUUCAGCUGUCUGGUGCUCUCUGUCUUCUCCACCAUUCCCACCCAUCAGAAAAUCGCCAACGAGGGGCUCUUCAUCCUGGAGUUUGUGAUGAUCGUGGUGUUUGGGCUGGAGUAUUUUGUGAGGGUGUGGGCUGCUGGAUGCUGCUGCAGAUACAGAGGAUGGCAGGGUCGACUGCGAUUCGCCAGGAAACCCUUCUGUGUUAUAGACUUCAUAGUGUUUGUGGCGUCGGUGGCAGUGAUAGCGGCGGGAACGCAGGGGAACAUCUUUGCCACGUCUGCUCUGCGCAGCAUGCGAUUCCUGCAGAUCCUGCGCAUGGUGCGCAUGGACCGCCGAGGAGGAACCUGGAAGCUGCUGGGAUCUGUAGUGUACGCACACAGCAAGGAGCUGAUCACAGCUUGGUACAUUGGCUUCCUGGUAUUGAUUUUUGCCUCAUUUUUGGUCUAUUUGGCUGAAAAGGACAUCAACACAGAGUUCUCGACCUAUGCAGACUCCCUCUGGUGGGGAACUAUAACCCUCACCACAAUCGGUUAUGGUGAUAAGACUCCACACACCUGGCUGGGCCGUCUAUUAGCAGCCGGCUUUGCUCUGCUGGGGGUGUCGUUUUUUGCCCUGCCUGCAGGUAUUUUAGGUUCAGGUUUUGCUCUGAAAGUCCAGGAACAGCACAGACAGAAGCACUUUGAGAAGAGGAGAACGCCGGCAGCCAACCUCAUACAGGCUGCAUGGCGCCUUUAUUCCACAGAUGCUCAGCAUUCAUAUCUCACAGCGACGUGGUACUUCUAUGACAGCAUGCUCCCAUCAUUCAGAGAGUUGACGCUACUGUUCAGUCACCUCCAACGGCAGCGUAACCCCAAGAAGGUCCUGCACAACUACCAAACCCUGCUGUCGGGCCUUCGGCCCUAUAGCUCCCUCUACCUGUCGGGGGACAGUCAGCUCAUAUCUAAAAAGCGGGGUUUCUUCCGGAUUCAUGCUGGCUGCAAGCAGAGUGGGAAGAUUCCGUUUCGGGACCGUAUUAGGAUGAACAAUUCCCGCUCCUCUCAGGCAAUCCGGGGCAAGGCAUCUUCUCCCGUGCCCCCAGGGAGCGUGCGCCGCUCGCCUAGCACUGAAAACGUCCCAGAGGCCACCAGCCCGGGGAAGGUUCAGAAAAGCUGGAGCUUCAACGAUCGAACCCGAUUCCGCACUUCACUGCGCCUCAAACCGCGCCCUGCUGCAGACGUCGAGGGAGUUGGAGAGGAGAACACAGAGGAUAAGUCAUACUGUGACGUUUCUAUGGACGAUGUUAUACCAGCUGUGAAGACCCUGAUUCGAGCAGUUAGAAUCCUUAAGUUUUUGGUUGCCAAGCGGAAGUUUAAAGAAACUCUUCGACCGUAUGAUGUGAAGGACGUGAUUGAACAGUACUCAGCUGGACACCUGGACAUGCUGGGCAGAAUCAAGAGCCUGCAGACAAGGGUAGAUCAGAUUGUUGGCCGCGGUGCUGUUCCAUCUGAUAAGAAGGUGAGGUCUGAGAAAGGUGAGAAGACUCCUCCGGAACUGGAUCCCAUGGAUGAGCUGAGCAUGAUGGGACGUGUAGUAAAGGUGGAGAAGCAGGUGCAGUCCAUUGAGAACAAGCUGGACCUACUGUUGAACUUUUAUUCUCAGUGCCUAAAAAAGGGCUCGUCCCACUUCACCCUGUCCUCUUUACUGGAGCCUGACCUCACCUCCGACUACCACAGUCCAACUGACCACCGCGAGCUCUUCCCCUCCGCCAACACACUCAACAUCUCCCAUUCAGACAGCGGCAACAUGGAAUAACAGCGGGAGUGUUCAGCAGGACCACAGUGACUGGAGCCAUAAGAUACUCAGCCAAGAGCUUGAACUUCCACAGACUCUGCAAAAACUCUGCAAAAGCCCUUCGACUGAUUCUUACAGCCUCCUGGUCUAGCUGUCAUCACAUCCUCACAUGGGUUUGCCUACCUCUACACUGAUGUAUGACUCCUCUGUCCUGAAGGUUUUGUGUCUGCUUCGAUCAUGUUCGCAUCAUGCAAGGAGCCCUUUAGUGUAUAUACAGUAUUUUACUGUUUUACAGUAAAAGCAGCACUAGAUGUUUCACCGACUAUUUUCUAAACCAAACAACAACAUAUUAUACCCCAUAUCUUAUGACCACAUACUUUACGUUCUGUCACCUGUUACAGUACACCCCUCAUUUUUAAUCUUAUCUGACUGAGUCUGAUUGUCAAUGGUCUCACUAUAUUUUUAAGAACACACUCACAGCAGUUUUGGGUAAACUCUGGCAUUCUCACAACAUUUUCACACCAGUUUCACUGUACAUUUGGGACACUCUAACUAGAACCAGUACAGAACAGUACAAGUCUUCCAAAAGAGAGGUGAUGGAGCACUGUUACUUGACCACUACAAACUGUCUCGCUCACUACCACCUCUCCUCAAUUCCUCAAUCUCUUUUAUAAAAGGCAAGCAACUGUAGAUACAGAAAAAAAAUGUGUGCAAAUGAACUGUCUGGCAUUUAUUUCUUUAUGCUGUGAUGCCAGUAUUAGUUUUUAGUUUUACAUUUUGUUUCAUAUUAAAUCAAUAGACUUCCAGUGGAAUUCUAUUAUAUAUUUACUCUGAGAUCAGGGCUUUCAAAUUAAUUCGAUUUUUUUUUUAGCUCUCUGUUUCGACUUUGAACUAAUUCUUGAGCUGAUGCAAUGUCCUUUGUGCCACAGGGUGUCACUGAGCGUCUACUAAUGUAUGAAUGUACUGCAUACUCGUACCCUAGUGCGGUCCUGCUAAACCCUGCCCUGAAUCUGAGGGACAGACCACAGGACAAUUCGACAUGAUUCGACUCAAGCUGGACAAAGGGACAAAUAGCAGUUUCCACCAAAGCAUCACCUCAUCAUCUGUUUGUUGCGUGGCCCUGCAACCUUCUCCUUCAGACACGCCCAGGAUUGGACGAUCAAACCAAUUAUGUGCAGUGGCACUCAGGGUUCUGUCAUGCGUUGUGGUUACUCCAUAGCUUGUUGUGGAGCUUUCUGUAUUGCACAGAAUUGGGUACAGCUUCCUGUCACUCCCAAGAGCCCACUGUGCAAAAAAGAAGGAUUAAACAGAGAAAAAGAAUUAGAAAUAUUAGAAAAUCAAUAUUCCUUUAUUGAAAUAGAAGCAUGUUAGUUGAAAGGCUGGGAGGCCUUCAAGAGGAAUAAUAGCAUAAGGCAGUAAGCUUAAAUUUCUUUUUUAGGAAAUCUAGUCAUAGACCCUGUUUAGAUAUCCAUUUCUUGCCCGUUUAGCCUCUUCUCUUUCUGCCUUGCAGCCCAUUUGUUCAAUCUGCAUGAUCCAAUUUGAAUGGUGCAGCCCUCUGGGAAUUUAAUGAAUGAAUUUAAUGUGAUGCCUACACUGUUAAAAAUAAGGGUGACUAAGAAGGUUCUCUGCAGCAAUGCCAUAGAAGAUUUACAUUUGAUCCCUUAAAGGAUGUUUCAGAUGGGUGGUUCUUUAGAGACUAUGGCCAGAGGAUCGUAAGCUAGAAUCCUGGGUCAUGCUGCUUCACCAUCAGCAGCCAGAGUCCGAGAGAGCACAAUUGGCCAUACUCUCUAGGGGGAAUAGAUGCCAUUCUUUCCCCUUGUCUCUUUCAUUGUUCAUUGAUGCUGACUGGCACAGGCCUCUGCUGUCUAAUAACUCAGUGCUAGGGAUUCAGUGCUUUCCUCCAAGCGUGUUGGCUGCCUAGUGACUCAGCACUCAGCAUUGAGAGCAUUCUUAGUGUUAGCAGGAGUCCUAGGGAUUGGGUGUGUUAAUAUUAGCCAAGCUACAUAGCUAGUAUUCUAGCUAAAUAAGGGAGGAACGAUCCUCCAGGUGAUACAAAUAUUUAUUUACCAGUUACUACAGAACAACACGCUCAAGCCAGGAACCUUUGAGUAACCUUUAUUUUUAAGACAGUACAGGUGUGUUUUGAUCAUUAUAUUAUUUCUGCCUGCUUUCACAAGCUUAUAAAAGUCCUACCAAGCAGUGAUUCUUGUUUUUCAGAAUAACUUUUAACUUUUAACUCUACUGAGCUCUGUUAUCCCUAAUUCAAGAGGCAUGUAAGGGCAUGAGCCAUUGAUGAAUCAUCUAUAAAUGAUGUCACAUUACUUUCCCUCUGAAGCACCUGUUGAACAUUUGGUUCACUUGCCCCCAUUCAAAGCAAAAAAUAAAAACAGUUUGGCUAGAUUGAACCGAUGUGGCUGAGAUGAAAUGACUGAAAUAAGACUUUAGUCUUGUGCAUGAGCUCCAUAUCAGUAUCUAUGCAUGCAACUCGGGGGGAGGGAGGGUCCUGCUUUAUAAUAAGAAAUGAAAAAUGUUGCAGCCAGUUUGGGUAAACAUCAGCAUGGCAGGAGAGGCAGUGGAAACAGCACACUGGUGUGUUUACGAUUAAAAGGUAGACCUAAGCAAUUGCUUGGGCUACUUAUAAUGGCAUUAUUGAAUCAUUCUAAAUGGACUGAACUGGAGAACGAAUCCAAAAGGAGUUUUAUACAUAACCACGUUUGCACCUGCGCACAGAUUCAUGUAUGGACAAUAUAUGCUCUUGGCAAAGAAUUUUAUCUUUCUCUCACAGUCGACCCACAUUUCACUCUGCCUUAUUCUUUUGUAUGUCUUUUUCAGCUUCUUUAUUUUUCUUUCUAUGACAUUUUAUUUAAAUUUCAAUUUGGUUUUGCUUUGUUGUCACUUUUGUUGUCUUGUUUAUCGUAUUCCUUUCUUCAUUUCUGCCUCAUUAAUUUCUUUACUUGUAAAUUUUGUGUCUUUUUAAAUACAUAGCUCUACACCAAGGUACUUUUAAAUAUCCAUAAUAUUUCAUUUACUGUUGCUGUUCAUUGACAUGAUUGUUAAUUGCUAAUGUGAGAGAUAAUUUGCUCUGUAUGUUUAAUCUGGUAUGAUUGUAAAAAAAAUGAAUAAAUCCA